CUACAUGCAAACGAGCGCUCAAGCUUUAAGCAAAACACAACUCGCUUUCACUCCAACUUCCGGCGCAGCUGCCCGCGUGCUUUUUCGCAAACCACUUCCCCGCGCCUCUGCUCUCACACCAGUAGCCGCAUCAACCAUGACGAUUGAGGUUGGCGACUGGCUCUCCAAGCCCUCUACCGGCGUGCUACCGCCUUGUGGCGUGUUCGUCGAGGGCGGUGAGAAGCCGAUCCCGGUGCCGCUCAAGCGGCGCGAUGUCUCAGCGACCGUCUACGCCGCUGCUUCCUUUUCCGAUACCAAGGAGACCCUGAGCUAUGUGAGCGACGUGGAGUGCUCGGCAGUCUUCCGUUUCCCCUUGCCGCCGCGAGCGGCCGUGUACAGGUUCCGCGCCGUGUUUGGAGACCGCGAGGUCGUGACCAAGGUCAAGCCCCGCGCCGCGGCUCGUGAGGAAUUCGACCUGGCCGUGUCGCAGGGCCACUCGGCCGUGCACAUGUCCCAGCACGAGGCGGGUGCGUCCGUUUUUGAGGUGUCGCUUGGCAACCUGGAGGCGCACACCGAGGUGACGGUGGAGUUCAGCUACCUCCGGCUGCUUGACGCGUUCGGCGGCACGCUGGAGUGGAGCCACACCGCCACGUGGGUGCCGCCGUACGUGGGCUCAGCAGGCGACGUGGCAACCGGCGUGGACAAGGUGGCGGCGGCGCUGCCCACCUUUGCGCCCAAGGUGACCUACGUCCUCUCCUACGAGGUCACGGUGCGGGCGGAGGCGGGCACGGUGCGUGCCAUUGAGUCGCCCGAGCCUGUGACCGUGGAGCGCCCAGCUGCGGCUGCCGAGGCCGCGGCAGGUGCUGGUGCGGAGGAGGUGUGGCGCGUGCGUCUGUCGGAGCAGGUCGCCGACCCCUCCAAGGACCUCUCGCUGGCGAUUGAGCUGGAUCCCAAGGCCGCGCGCCGCAGCGGCCUGCGUGUGCAGCGCACGCCCGCCUCCCGCGGCGGCGAGCAGCGCACUGUUGCGCUGGCCACGUUUGUGCCGCCGCUGCCCAGCCCGCCCGCCGCCGGCGCCGACGGCAAGCAGCAGCUGCGCAAGGAGAUCUGGUUUGUGGUGGACUGCUCGGGAUCCAUGGACGGCUCUCCCAUCAACCAGGCCCGCGAGGCCGCGCUGUUCUUCGUUCGUGACCUGCCCGUGGACAGCGGCGUGCGCUUCAACAUGACCGUGUUUGGAUCCAGCCACAACUCGCUGUACAGCAACUGCAAGCCGUACGACAGCAAGACCGAGAAGGAGGCGGUUGCCUGGAUCCAGAGCAAGGUGCACGCCAACCUGGGCGGCACCGAGAUUCUGGGCACCAUGCAGCACAUCUACAACAGCCCCAUCGCGGCCGGCUACACGCGUGAGAUCAUCUUCCUCACCGACGGCGGCAUCAGCGGCCACGAGGAGCAGGCCGUGUACGACCUGGUGAACCCCAAGGCCAAGGCCCCCGUGCCCGCCGCAGCCCGCACCCACGUCCUGAGCCUGGGCAUCGGCCACGGCGUGCACCGCUCUCUGCUGGACGGCAUGUCGACUCGCUCCGACGGUGCGGUCGUGUACGUGGUGGACGAUGAGGCGAUUGCGGCCAAGACCGCAUUCCUCAAGAAGGCUGCCACAGCCGCUGGCGCCGCCCUGCGCCCGCGGCUGGUGGCGCGCAAUGCGCUGGUGCGGCCCGCGCCGCACGUGCUGCCUCAGCGCGUGUUUGCCGGCGAGCCCCUGCACGUGCUGAUGGAGGUGGUUAGCUCUGAGCCUGACGCGGCGCUGGAGCUGACCGCGGACUGGGCCGAGCCGGAGUCAGCUGCCGGCGCGGCGCCGCUGACUCUGUCGCUGCCGCUGGGCCCUGCGCUGGCGUCUGCGGAGGAGGGCGAGGCGCUUCCUGUGCUGCACGCCAUGGCCUACAUCGGCAGCCUCAUGGCCGGCACUAGCCCGCUGCACGUGCGGUCUGACGGCACGACCCUGGCCGCCCCGCCCUCUGCUGACACGGUCAAGGAGGCGGUGGUGCGGCUGGCGGUGGCCGAGCACCUGGUCACGCCGCACACCAGCGCCGUGGGCGUGUCGCUGCGCCGCGACCCCGCUGCCCCCGAGGCCGCUGCCAACGUCGUGGAGGUGCCGCUGCAGCUACCACACGGCCGCAAGCUGUGGGGCACCGCCUCCGGCGCUGGGCCCAUGCCGCCGCCCAUGGCUGUCUGCUUUGCCGCGCCGCCCAUGGCGCAGCGUGGAGGCAGGAUGGCAUGCAUGAGCGCGUCGGCGAUGGCGUGUGCGCCGAUGAUGGCGUGCUCGGCGGCGCCGGCGGCGCCGCCCUGCCCCGUGCCGCAAAUGGCGUCGCCACAGAUGAUGUGGUGCGGCACUGCGCCGGGCGGUGGCGGCGGCCGCGGCUCUGCGGCUCCGGCUGCGACCAACCAGGCGUUUGCGUCUGCGGAUCUGAGCCUACGUGGCGAGAAGAUUGAGGCGCUGUCCGACUUGAGCUGCGGCGUGCAGCAGGAGGCCCAGUGCUUCACGAAGAAGGCGCUGAAGAAGAAGUCUGCCGCCGCCAGCCUGGGCGACGCCGUCGGCGGCGCCAUGGGCUCGCUCUUUGGCGGCCUGUUCGGCAGCGGCAGCCGCGGCGCCUCCGCCGUGUGCGCCAAGCCGGCGCAGCAGGCGCUGCAGGGCCCUGGCAGCGCAGGCGGCAGCUGUGUCGCUGCCGAGUUCGCCGCCCCUUGCGGUGCUGCGGCGCCGGAGGCGGAGCAGGAGGAGUCGUGCUGCGACGACGGCGCGGAUGAGAUGGAGGCCGGCGACUGCGACGCUGGCUUUAGCGUGCCGGCGAUGAAGGAGUCAGUGGCGCGGCGCUCGCGCUCCUGCUCCGCGUCGCCGCCGGCCGCUGCCGCGGCGCCGGCGGAGCGCCAGCUGCGUGGCUCCGAGCUCCUGGCUUUCCUGAACCUCAAGCGCACCACGCAGGGCUACUGGGCCGCCGGCCCCGAGCUGGCGGCGGCGCUGGGCGUGCCGGUUGUGGACCUGACAUCCGCUGCGGGUGCUGCCGGCAGCGGCGGCAGCACCGCAGCAGUGCUGCGCCCCGCCGGUCUGACCGACGACGCCUGGGCGACUGUGGUCGUGCUGGCUGUGCUGCGGCGCUGCCUGGCGGCUCAGCGGGAGGUGUGGGCGGACAUGGAGGCCAAGGCGCUGGCAUGGCUGGCGGCGGCAUGGCCGGAGGGCGGCCGCAGCGUGGGAAGCACCGUCAUGGCUCUGGCAAAGGCGCUGACGGUGGAGGCUUGAGCAGGCAGGCGUUUAGGGUGCAUUGUCGUGCGCCCUAAUGUAUGUGUCGGUGUGUCACUGCCGCAUAUGGUAUGCGGCUGUGGCUGAAAGAGUUGCCUUUUCACAUUGCAUUCUUUAUUUUUGAUUACAAAUAAGAGGCACAUAGACAGCUCUGUCCGCACGCUGCAGCGUAUUGUUGUUUUACUGAGGAUAUCAGGUGGCUUAGGGCAAGGUCGAGCUCUUGCUGUGUGCAUGUGUAUUUGUGUGUCCGUGUGUGUGCCCGUGUCUGUGUGUGUGUGUGUGUGUGUGUGUGUGUGUGUGUGUGUGUGUGUGUGUGUGUGUGUGUGUGUGUGUGUGUGUGUGUGUGUGUGCGUGUGUGUGUGCGCGUGUGUGUGUGUGUGUGUGUGUGUGUGUGCGUGUGUGUGUGUGUGUGUGUGUGCGUGUGUGUUAGGAAACACGAGAUGUGUAAGUGUAUGUGUGUGUGUGUCAAAGAGCACAAGGAAAGCAAAGUAUGUGUGCGUGUGGUUAGAAGUUUGUGUGCACGGUCUAGCGUGCACUCGUGUAGCCGCGUGGUGUCGGCGAGUGCACAGUGUAGGACAGUGCACCAUGUGUUGUGGCCGGUCGCUGAGAGCAUUGCGCUUGUACAUACGAUAUGUGUGCAGAACCGGACAUAUGAUUGCUGCUGAUUGCUCCCCAUCAAUGAAGGCACGAGCUGAACAAGUGGAUAAGCAGUACAUGAUGUAUUGAUGUUGCCGUAAGAGCGAACGGGAACAGGGCACUUGAUACGGUAUCCCGGAAGGAGAUGCCGCCCUGUAAAAUCCAUGGUUA